AUGCAUCGUACUCGCCGCAAAACAAAAGUGAAACAAGAAAAAACGACAAAAGUAAACGCUAAAAUAUUAUUGAUAAAAUUGCUUGUUUUCCGAAGUGUGACGUUGUUUUAUUUAAUGGGAAUUGGCUGUGAACAUAAUCUGUUUAUUGCAGUUCAAAGUGUAGUUUUACAUAUAGAUGGGAAGUGGCGCAAAAUAAAUUCAAAACAUGAGUUCCCAUGGCAAACGGUCUUCGAUUCUCAAAAAACGUCCGUCAGUGUGUGCAAAUAGCUUGGAGUCGAGUCCUACCGAAACCACCGGAAUGACGAAAUCGACAAAGCGGAUUGUGUUUAAACCGAAGAAAUCUGUGAAGGAGUUUUUCGCCACCGAUGAGACCGCAACAAUUUGGUGCAAUUCGUACGAAGUUUCAACAGACGGAGCCUCGCCGCAUUUGACCGCUAAUGAUACUGCACUGAAAAAUGCCUCGAAGACCAAUACUUCACAGUUUCAGUUUAGUUUAACUGUCCAGAAAGAAAAGGAAAAUGUUGCCUCGACCGAGGAGCGCCAGAUCAGUCCAAACGGCAGCAGUAUUUGGAAUCUCUCUAUCUCGGCUUGUGAGGAUGAGAAACGUCGUUUGAAGGGGGAAAUUUCGAUGAAUUCGAGUGUUCUGAACAGUACGGAACGAUUACUGCAAGAACCCGCCGUUCAGACGCGAUCGGCUCUUCGCCAGAAGCAACAAAACUCUGUGGUGGACUCAAAUGCUAUGGACAUUAGCCCAGCUAAGUAUGACGGGAAGCCGGUUUCUCCCCGAAAAACCAUUUUCUAUCAUCCUAGUCAAAAUAUGUUUGUUUCGAUUGACGAAGUUGUUAAAAACAACGAAGGCGCAACGAUUGCAGCCGAAAGCAAAUCUCCAAAUGACACUGACAUUAACUUUUUCGGGCCACCGGAAGUUUCGAACAAAUCGCCAGAGAAGAAUAGCGCUCCCGCAAAAGUCCUGUUCCAGACGUCGUCGUCGUCUACCGCGAAAAUUCACAACCCCUUGCGCAACAUGUCAGUGCAAACGGAUCCGCGGGUUUCGCUUGUGGACAAACGAUCAGUUGCGGUGAAUGCGGAUAUAUCGGCCGGUUGGAGUUCACACGUCGUUGGCACGGAUCAGCGAUUUACGUUCGGGAACAGCCAGUUUGAAAUUUCGGAAGCGUGGAACUCUCAUCCGGCGGCUGCGCUGAAAUUGAAGAUGCUUCAGCAGGAAUUCGUUUCCGAGCGGUACGAUCCGCGGAUAUCGGACGGAGGGGGAGGCGCCGAAGACAUUGAUUCGACGCUUGCUAUUACCCAAUCGGUGGCCAAAGUACUCGGACCUGGUUACAGCAGACCGGUAUCGCUGGAGAACACACGCCUCAGUGAGCCGGAAGUGAUGGAUAUCACCGGCAUUAAGGUCCACGGAAAAAUAGAUCCCAUGGAAACGUCUAUUGGAAUGGAUGAAGAUGCACAUCCAGUUAUGGAGGAAUCCUUAAGCGAAGUUCACCUUUCGGCGAACGCUCUCAGUCGAGCGCGGCCAUCCUUCGUACCAAAAGUGGCUUCGAUGGAUCGAAGCGAGUGUCAGUCGCCUGAAUUCUCUGGUUCCACCCAACGGCAACAGCAGCAGCGUCCCACAAUUCAUCAGGCGGAACCAAUGGACACUACGAGUGCGCCGAAUGUGGAGGACUUAGCGUUGGUCACGAGUAUGAAGUUGGAUCCAUCGAAAUUACCGAAAAUUUCGUCACCGAAGAACAACUGCCCACAUGACAGUCGGAAAACGAUUCUGACUGAUGAUACAAUUGAAGAAGAUGCAGGUUAUAUAGCUAGGGAAGCAACUGCUGCGCAGAAUGUUCUCAGACAAACUGUUUAUGACAUGAAAAUGGAUGAAUGCCCCGUCGAAAAAGUGAAUGCGUUGCCCCGGUUGGAAACUGUCAGAAUGGACUUCUCGGAUUUGGAGUUUGGUAGGAGUAGUAUCGGAGUGGAUCUGGUGAGUAGUUCGCAGCCUCCGCCAGGCGCGAAUAAACCUAAAAUUUUGAAAAUGCCAUCCAGGGCGAUCAGUUUGAAUUUUGGAGCAACGAAUGCAGCUGAUACGAAAGUAGCGUCAAGUACUAAGGGGGAAAGGAAGGAAGAGAUUGAUGAAAACUCAAUUAUUAUUUGCGAAGAUUCGCCUGGACAGACGCAGAAAAAAGUCGAUCCUCGGAAAACAGUAAAUGAUGCUCUCGAUGUUUCGAUUGAUCGCCCGAAACAUAUUAAGGGCCAUAUGAUGAUUCCCCAACAAGACAAAGUCGAUCAAAUAGGGUUUUCACAAGCUGGACGCCAAACUGACAUUCAGCCCUCGGAUGUUUCCUUCGGCACAACCCCUGAAAAACGGGAUAAGCGGGAGCUACGAUCAACAGUUUUUUUCAAUGACAAAAUAGAACAAAAUGAACGGCAAACCUGUCCCAUCCAGAGUCCCGUCACUGCUCGCCGAACGGACGUCCAGUCGUUGGACAUUUCCGUGGGAUCUCCUGCUACGUGCACAUCGACUGCUUACGAGCGUCCGACAGUUGUAAUGACUAUCAAUCUGGAUGAUUCCAGCUUAGAACCUGAACUUCCUGAGAAAAACCACCCGAGGUCCACGUUGUUGUUCAACGAACAAAUCGAACCGAUGGUUUCUGUUGAGUCAACACGGCGAACGAAUGGUCAGCCGUUGAAUAUCUGUAUCGAUAGCCCCAGCGAAUCAGGCUUUGCUCCUGCAUCCAACCGACCGACGAUCUUCUUGAGCACUGCAUUGGAGGAGAACGAAAGCCCGAAGUCAUUACCACCUUCGAGGCAUCUAAGACCAACCAUGUUCUUCAAUGAUGAAUUGGAUGAGAGUAAACGACAAUCGCCGCUUAGUACUUCAGAAGAUCUAAGAAAAUCGAAGAAUAUUGUAGACGAAGUUCCCUCGGAUAAAUCUUCAAGGACAUCUAGGAAAACUGACCACAGAUCGAACGAGAUGGAGCAAACGCAAAUUGUUGUUCCGGAUAGUGGACACGAGAAUCGUAAAAAUGACCGACGAUUAACCUCAGUGACUGCUCAGAGCAUGGAUGAAACUACUGUUCGAAUCUCCCCGUCAAUGCUGGCUCCUGCCAACAUACGAGAGCGUGACACACUUCUGUUCGGAAGCGACAUGGAUCAAACCGUUCAGAGUGGAAGAUUCCAGUCCAUCAGUUCGGUUCGGGCGCCGGAAGCACGCCAAACGAUUAUCGGUCGUGAAAGCAUGGACGAAACGCUGCUAGACGCUCGGCUAUCCAGAGAAUCCUGCAAAGAAUCCUCGCGGGUAACUUCCGACGAUUGUCCCGACAACAUCAACGAAACGGCAAAUGCUCCCCGCUUGGAAUCUCCACUGAAUAGAGGUGAGAGUCGACAUUUGGAAACACCAUUCCAAAAAUCCCGCCUAACCAUUGUGGGUGCGACCAAAAUGGACGAAACUCAGCCACUGCAUCGACAGUCUCCGCUGCGAGUUUCGAGCGCGGAAUAUCAGCAGAAUUGUUCCAAGAUUCCCUUGUCGAAAUCCCGACAGACCAAUUUCGAAGUUGAAAUCAUGGAUCAAAGUGUGGCAAACGAAAAGAGAAUCUCUGAAGAUCACAUCCCAGAUAAAAAUCUGCGACAAAGUGAAUUCGGUGCGAUCAAUAUGGAUGAUACGUUUGAAAGAAAAUGGCAGAAUGAUUCUCCCGUUAACAUAUCAACUGAGCGUCACUCUUUGAAACAACAAGAUCAUGUUGACCGAAGCAUGGCCACCAGUGUUCUUCAAAAAUCACGCCAGACAAGCUUCGCAGUCGAAAACAUGCAUGAAACGCUGGUUCCAGUAGUUCAGCAAGAGUCCAGCGUUGGCCAGUCUGCUGGAAACAAUUUUUCGCAGCAUAGCUCAAGGCAAACUGAUUAUAACGCCACCGUGAUGAAUGAAUCAGGACAUCGGUUCGAAGAAAUCCCAAACACCACACAGCCAUUCCUCCAGACAAAAUCCAAGCUUGAGAAUAAAGAUCCGCGAAAUGAAGUUGAAAUGGAAAAUGAAACCAUCACCACUCAACCUGUUCUACGUCAACCGGGUGUAAUCCAAGGGCCAACCACAUCAGAAGCAUCAAUCAUAGAAGAAUGCUCCUCCAAUCGAAUCAGUUGCACACGGCCAACUCAAUUCUUCAACAAAUCGUGCCAAACGAGUUACUUCGAGGAACACCGAUCUCCUCCAACAACUAACCAUCGACAAACAAUUUCGUAUCCUCAUGAAAUGGAUCGCACAAUGUCCAACCAAAUGCAUCAUCCAAGUGUUCGUCAAAGCGAAUACGGGAUGGAGCCAAUGAAUCAAACCGUCAAACGGCCACCAUGCAUUGCUUCGCCACAAACCACAUCAAACCAGCGCUGGACGGUGCUACCCCGGGAAGACAUCGAUGCUUCGACUCCGUCUCCAUUGGCGAAGUCGACCGGGGUUCCGAAGGGUCGAAACACUGUUUACCAGCAGGAUUCGAUGGACGAAACAAGCGUGGCAAAUCAACAUUAUCGCCAGGCGUUGCUUGUUGAUUGUGAUACGAAACAAACACCACCUGCCCGGCGCGAAUUAGCGACAGCAGCAGCAUCCGAUGUUUCUAUUCCACAUAUGAAUUACACGAGAACUUCGUGCCUCGAAAAGCCCGAUUGUAGUAAAGUGGCGGAACAAGUUGGUGGUGUAAAAUGUCGAUUGACUGUUCAUUGCGAGGAUGAUAUGGAUCGUACCACGAGCAGGUUUCAUUUGAAACCGAGUUUCGUCGAGGUGCCUCAGCAGGAGCAUGACUAUCCGAAUUUUUAUAGAACGUCAAAUUUUGGAGCUCAAGAUGUUGACGAGACUGUCCAGCGAGGGAAAAUUUUCGAAGAAAUCAACCGGGUAAAAGAGUAUUCGAAAUCAUCAGAUGCUCACCAACGGAAUGGAUACAAAACGAGUCGACAAACAAUCCUCAUCCCGGAGGACAUGGAUCAGUCUAUGGACCAAUCAAUGGAUACUUCUGACGUUGUGGUCCAACCGCAAGCGGUGGAAUGCGAUCAACAAUCUCGUCGGACUAUAAUUCAAUCAAAAAAUAUCCUAGACGAGACGUGCGAAACAGGUGCGAGGCAUAAUGUGGUACGGGUACCUGCUCCUACCCAUGAACCUUCGCCAGUUGUCAAACAAGAACAAUCCGAUUUUUCGUUCGCCAUUCCAAAUCUACCGUCGGAGGAUUGUGUACUGCGGAGCUCCGCUAUAAUGCCACUGCACAGAUUUGCCAAUACACAGAAUCAUACGUUGAAGUCUGUGUCCCAAGCGGCUCGAGAUGCAAGUUCGAGUGCCGCCGAUUUGAAUCUAACGGCAGCGAUGUAUGCCCGGGUCCCACUUGAUGAGGUGAGCGAAAUUUCUGCUUUGGGAGAAAUUGGAGGGAAACCGGAGCGAACAACGGGCUUCACUAUACAACCCGAGGUAAGUAGCUUUGUGCUGAAGGAGCUUACCGAGCCACCAAUUGCGCAGCCUCCGGUUGCUGUUUCCGUGAUUCGUGAGACGCCGAAGAAGCCUUCUGGGAUGCAGAUGCGAAAAAGUUUGGGAUCAAUAUUCGAUCGAGAUGUGCAAGAGCUUGACGAGUCCGGCAUUUCACCUUUGCUUUGUGAGGAUGAAGUUGGUACUGGCGGUGCUGAUACUCGUGCGCAGAAUCAAGUUCCAAAGUUGUCAGAAGUUGCGAAUAUUGUGGUCAAUGAUUCCAGUGACGAUGAGUUCUACGAUGCUGAGGUGCAGCAGGCAGAAAUUGUCCACGUUAUGCGAGAAGCAGUUGUGCGCGGACGCCACUCUAAAGGCAACCUUAAAUUUAUCGAAGUCGAUCAAUCUACAAUGUCUUCUGUGCCGAAUGAAACCUUUGCUGAACAUAAAACACUGAAAUUUGUCGAUGUCAACGAUUUAGAGCAUACGGUUAUGCAAAAUCAAAAGCGGAAUGUGUCGCAAAUUUCCAAGUCCGUACUAUUGGCACAGGAACACGAUCCACUGAAUAUUUCCCUUUCGGAGGAUUAUCCGCUGAAAAAACGAAAAACAGCAGAACGUACUACGACAAUACUAGACAACACUUCUAGCGCACCGACAGAUGAAAUCAAAUCAAAAUGUGAACAAACGAUUCGUCGUGUUACCUUCCAUCAGGAUGUUUUAACACCUACAAAACAGGAGCAAAGUACUCAACUUCCGGAGAACGUGACACGGUAUCCGGAAGUUGAAAUUGUUACAAUAAAAGAGGAGUGCGUCACAGUGAUCGAGGAAGAGACUGAACAUGAGCAACAAAGGUUAGGACAGACACUCACAGUGGACCCCUCAGUAUUCAUUGUUAAUGAAAGUGAUAUGCUCGCAAAUGAAUCGAAAAUUUCACUGGUAUCAUCUCCCAAUAUCAACGAUAACAAAGAGAGAAGUAAUUUGAAGCAUGACAGUACCUACUAUCACCAAUAUGUGAACCUAACAAUAGAUUUGAAUCAAACUGGAAGUAAAUCUUGCAUAAUAAUAGACGAUUCAACCAUGGUUCCGACAAAUAGCGACGACUGUUCGGAGUCACAGCAUUCGCCGGCCGAUGUGAGGUUGACUUUGGAUGAAUUACCCAGAAGAAUAGACAAAACGAGACAAUCGUUGGUACUCAACUCUACUGUUGCCAGCGAGGUGAUGUUCGAAUUGACACGGCAGGUUUCAGAAGCGAAGAAGGUUUGCUGUGCGGAGAGCAAUUGCAAUUGUUGCCGAACGAAGAAAACAAUGGCCAUCGUUAGACGAGAUAAUGUUGACAUCGUUCGGCAAAAUUGGCGAGAAACUUUCGACCGAAUCGUUCAAUCGGUGUCAGACAUACCAAUACAGGACAUGUCCUUGGAAGAACGAAUAAAUGAAAUUUUGAGCAGGCCGUUGAAACAAUUGUCGCUAAAUUUGUCAGAGGGGCAACCGGUGCACUUACCGGAAACUCCGUCGAUUUGGUUUCUUUGCGAAAACUAUAUGCGUUCUCAAUGCCAUCAAGAAGCACCAUCCCAGGCUUACAACGUUUGUGAUUUACCCGAAACGCCUAGCUUUACAACCCUCAUAGCUAAUAAACUGAAAACGGAGAACUACCGAUGGUUUCUUGAUUCAUCCGAUGAGUCCGACAAGCGUUUGUAUUUGAGGCAUUGCACUCUGAGAACGCUUCAGUUCAACCUGGUGCUCAAAAAAUCGCCCCGUUGCUACACCAAUCAGGACAACGCUGGAAUCGAUCGGCUGGAGCUUUCAGAGCGAUGGCAGUGCUCGACAUGUUCUCCUAGGCUGUUGGCAGCACAUAUUGAGCUCACCCGGCUGGUAGAUAAAUCAGUGCUAGAAGAGCUGAGCUCGCAAUGUCCCACGACGGCACACCUGAUGAGUCUGAUAGUACCCUUGGAUGCUAUUGUGGAGCGGGUCUUCGGUAUAGUGGAUCAUCUAUGUCGCAUUCUGCGGAAUAAUGGAGCCGUGUUGGAACAGUUGGGAAAUGACCGUCACCUACGGAUAUAUAAAGUGUUCGAGUAUGAAAAGGGUGGAACAAUCCACUGGAAUCGUGUCUCAGUGUACUUUGAUGCGAUAGAGCGGAUAGAUCGAAGCGGUGUUCGGUUUCACAAGCAAACGGAUGAUGCCGAUAGUCUCUUUCCUACGGAACAACAGUGCGGUAGAGUUGCCAUUCGAGGGUUGGUAUUCCUGGAAUGUUUGUUGUGGAAUAUUGCAAAAUUUUCCACGGACUACCGAACGGCGAAAUUGUAGAUAGCUUUAAUUGUACUAUAAGAAUUCAUAUUUUAGCGAUGAUUGAGUGUCAACGAAUCUUAUUGUUCAGAAUAGAUGAACUUGUUUUUAAUAUAAAUCUGAAAUCAUUUUUA